GACGCUACUUAAGCUUGUGGCGCGCGCGCUUCUCAGUUCAUAUUUCAGCGUUGUACUUAAAAGCAGUGUGUUGAAGAAGUUGAUUAGUAAAGUCGCCACAUUUGCACUCAGGUAACUGAAGAAAUGAGUUCUGUCCGAAAAACGAAGCAAGUGGAGAAUCAUUGUGUAAAUGUAAAGAAUUUUUUUACAACACAAACAUCAGGGGCAUCUUCCAGGAGGAGAACGCUUCAGGUCCUCCAACCAUCUGCUGUAAAUAAGCCUCUUGGGAAGAUUGAGCCUGGGAAGACUGUUCCUAAGCGGAAGAUAUGGGGUGCUGACCAGGUGAAAGGCUCAAAGAGAAUUAAAGCUGAAGUGGCAGUGAAACAUGCCAAUGCAGAAAAUGAAAACCAAACUGAAGGAAUCUCUCAGGAAGCCUAUGAGCUGAUGGUCAAAGAAACCCCUACCUCUUCUUACUGGAAGGAGUUGGCAGAGGAACGACGGAAAGCCCUUUUCAACAUUCUCCAGGAGAAUGAGAAGCUUCACAAAGAAAUAGAAACCAAAGAUGAGCAGAUUGCUGAGCUGCAAAGUGAAAAUGAUGAACUACAGGAGCUAGCACAGCAUGUUCAGCACAUGGCUGACAUGAUUGAGCGGUUAACUGGUAAAAGUCCAGACAACUUGGAAGAACUACGAGAAAUUGCCUUUGAUGCGGAAGAUGAAGGUCCCGAGUGCAAAUAUGAAGACUCUGGAAGUGAUCUGGAGGAUGAGGAGGAAACAAAAGCGGAGGCCAAGAAUACAGGGGUUGUGACUGAAACAGAAGAUAACACUGUCUCCGAUGACUCAAAGUAGUGUUUAAACUUGCCUUGGACAAUUCAGUACUGUGGCAUGUGAGAAGCUGUUUUUUAACUUGUUUCUUGACUUUAUCAACAUGUGAUGUGCAAUUCUUAUAUUUUAAAGGUUUUUUUUAUCUUCACUGCUGUCUAAAUUUUCAAACUUGAACAUCUGUACAUAUGUGAAAUUUGACAUGUACAUGAAUAAACAGCCAUAUUUUUUAUAAACAUUUUCACAGCACUUGGUAUGUUAACUCCUCUUGAUUUUCUUGGACAAGUUAUAAACGAGUCUUUCCUUGCUGCACUGAAUUUAGAUUAGUUAUUCUGAAUAGUCUCAAGUAGGGAUGCACUGAAAUGAAAAUUCUUGGCCGAAACCGAAUAUAAUGAAAAACUAGGCUGACUACCGAAGGGUUUU